AGAAAUUUUGCUUCAAGUUCCAUGGCUAGCUCAGUAGUGUUUCCAUGGUCACUUUUAGGUCUUGUGAUACUUUCACUUGGGACUUUAGGUCCUGAAGCUGUGGAAGCUAGAGCUUUCUUUGUGUUUGGAGAUUCACUAGUUGAUAGUGGCAACAACAAUUACUUGGCCACCACAGCUAGAGCAGACUCUCCUCCUUACGGAAUCGAUUAUCCGACUCGCCGGCCGACCGGCCGGUUCUCUAAUGGCCUCAACAUUCCUGACAUUCUCAGUGAGCAAAUCGGGUCGGAACCCGUGUUGCCAUAUUUGAAUCCAGAACUCACCGGAGAGAAACUUCUUAAUGGUGCCAAUUUUGCCUCUGCUGGAAUUGGAAUCCUCAAUGACACUGGAAUUCAGUUUGUGAACAUAAUCAGGAUGUUCCAACAACUUCAAUACUUCAUACAAUACCAACAAAGGGUGGCUGCUCUAAUUGGACCAGAACGGACUCAACAACUAGUGAAUGGAGCAAUUGUCCUCAUCACUGUCGGCGGAAAUGAUUUUGUCAACAAUUACUUCUUGGUCCCUUUCUCCGCUAGGUCUCGUCAAUUUUCUUUGCCAGAUUAUUGUAAAUACCUAAUCUCCGAGUACCGUAAAAUUCUAAUGAGAUUAUACGAGCUCGGGGCACGUAGGGUCCUUGUGACUGGGACGGGGCCGUUAGGAUGUGUUCCGGCGGAAUUGGCGAUGAGAAGCAGCAAUGGGGAGUGUGCGGAGGACCUACAACGGGCAGCAUCCUUGUUUAAUCCACAACUUAGUAGUUUGAUAAGAGAUCUCAAUAGUGAAUACGGUGGCGAUUUCUUUAUUGGUGUUAAUCUACAAAGGAUGAGCAAUGAUUUCAUCAGUAAUCCUCAAAGAUUUGGGUUUGUUACAUCAAAGAUUGCAUGUUGUGGACAAGGACCAUAUAAUGGACUUGGAUUGUGCACAAUUGUAUCGAACUUGUGUCCUGAUCGUGAUCUCUAUGGAUUUUGGGAUGCAUUUCACCCAUCAGAGAAGGCAAACAGAUUAGUUGUUCAAUCUUUCAUGACUGGUUCUGUUGAGUACAUUAGCCCCAUGAAUGUCAGCACCAUUAUGGCCAUGGAUUCCAAAGUUUGAUAUAGAAAAAAUAUUAAUAAUUAAAGACAAUAUAUAUAUAUAUAUAUAUUAACUAUGGAAUCUAUAGAAAUAAUGUAGAGAUCUGAAAGAACAAUUUGAUGCUUGAUGUCUUAAUUGUUAUAUAUAUAUAUAUAUAUAUAUGUGGAUAUUGUCUUUCAAAAACAAUUGGAAUGUAAUGUUGCAAUUUAAAGUUGUCUUUAUUAGCUCUUGAGUCUUGUGAAGUUGAUUGGUGGUUGUAGCAAUUGGAGUUAUAAGCUAAUUGAUGUUAAUUUGUGUGAUGUUUGUCUCCUUUAAUGUGAGAGACCUUGAUUUGUGAUG